CCGCGUCCGACAGUCGCACCUGACGCGCCGGCACGGACUGCCGACACCCGCACACACACGCGUACUCCACACCAUUGAACCUAAACACUGCGUACAAAGUGCUGUCCAAGUAAUAUUUGGAUUUAUUAAAUCAUUGAAUAAUAUACAGUAAGUGUGAGCUUGGGAUCCGAGUGAGAGUGUAAGGAAAGUGAGUGCAGGCGGAGCAUGCGCUUGCGGCGCUGAUAUUUUCACUUUCUACGCGACGGGACACUGCGCAAUAUGAUUCCCGUGAUACGGACAGGCGCCAUACUGUGGCUCUUCUGCGCCGCCCUCGCAGAGGUCGCAGAACAGAACACAACGACCACGAAGACAAUCCGAACCACAAUACUACCCUCGCGGACCACGAGGACAGAACUGAAAGUCUCCAGGAGUCUCAACCCUCUAGAUACACAAACACUCAAUGUCAGAACGAAAGCGGGACACGUCACGCAGCUGAUCGUCAAGAAGAAGGACAAGUCCACUACUUACGCCAGCAGCACAACUCCCACACCCACUACAGCCUCCCUCAGGACUACUGUGUCAAACUUCAACGCUACUGAAGAAAACAAAAAUAAAACAGAGUCAAGAGACCAAAGAAAAUUAAAUUUCAUGGGUGGAGUCAACAGCGAUCUCGCCGGCUACGACUAUUACCUCAACCGCAAUAAAAAUCCCGAAGAAUUGAGCGAUGUCAAAGCUGAAUACGGAAACUGGUCCCCAGUAUCAGUAUACCCUGAAUCUGUGAUCCAAGAAGAUGGAAAGAAACCAGAGGCUGAUCCAGAAACGUUAAACUACUAUCCCACCUACGAUAACGAAAAGAAGACAGAAAACAAGAAGGUGUACAUCACUUCAACCAGCCUCUUUGACUACGGCGGACCCAUCAAAAGCUACAAGUUUGACCCACACAACCCAGUCAUCAAGAACGACAGAAACCCGGUAUAUAUCGAAGUAGUGAGCACGAAGGUUUCUGAGGGAGAAGGAAAGUCUUACAAAGUACCAGACCCUGUCGUAAUAAACUCCGAACCAAUGUACAUAAAGAAGGCAAUUGAAAAAUACAACAAUAAGCGUGGCAGGUCUAUUCUAACUCUCGGAGACGACGGCAUACCAGAGAUCCAAGGUGUGAGAAUGCCUGACGAUGAAUCUGACAAAAAGACCUGGCGCAACGCGAGAGUUGUGAACGGAGAACUGCUUCCUUACCCUGAAGGCUACACACCACCGAAAGCGAUCCCAGAAGCUGACGUGUACCCGGACGUGGCGGCCGCAGACCCUGCGCAAAGUUUUGGACCUUUCACAAAAGAAGACAACUUCGAGCCCAAAGAUGGACCGUUCACCAAAUUCGACAACCUGAAAUACGAUGCACCUGAAAGUGGGCCAUACUUGACGAGUGACAACCCGACGUACUCAUACAAACAGAAAAAAGACAAUUAUUAUCUCAAAUCCGGCUACGGUCCUUUCACCAAAGCUGAUAAUUCGAAAGUAGCAAACUCAAAACUCAUCGAGUACAUCAAACAAAUUAACGAGCAGGAAUCGAAGCGUGAUUACUUCAGCGGCCGCAGCUCGAGGUCUCACAAUGGAGACAUGGAGUUCGCUGAGAGCCACAUCCAGAGGCGCAUGUUGCAACACCCUGGCGAAGUCAACUUCCCCAACUCCGCUCUGUACACACCUAAGAAUGCUCGACCAGGUUUCGACGAAAGUGUAAGGAAUCCUGUCCUGCAGUACGCUCACCCCGAGCUCGGAGUACAGCCGGCGAAAGCAACGCGCGACAACUUGGAAAACUACGACAAUAAAGAACGAAAAGUGAAAUACUACUCGAACAACGUACCGAAAAGUGCUCACCCGUACCCGAUGGAACCCGUGAACGGCUACGGCCAGCAACGCUCGCAGACGUCGAACAACGCCAACAAGUACUACGAGGACGAGUACAACAAGUUCUCGUACUACGAGCACAGCUACCCGCACCACGGCGCCCGGUACCCGUACAACAACUACGCGUACAUCAAGCGAGUGCCUGAGCCCUCCCUGUGGAAGAGGUUCACCGACUCCAUGAAGGACACAUUCAACAGCGCCAGCCAGACGGUCCAACAACUCACCAAGCCUAUCAUGGACCCCAUUGCUAAAGUAGCGCAGCCUGUGUUCGAUCCUAUCGUAGAGGCUACUCAAAAAAUUUCAUCAAACUUGGGUUUGUAUCCAUCAAAUUCGAUCCAAACACAGAGAUAUGCUCAAGACAAGAUAGGGGUUGUGGCAGCAGCUUCAGGCGCCCCCGCCAUGUUACCAGCUAUCGGCUUGAUGGCAGGAGGAGCAGCGCUGGGCCUCGGAGCAGUGGCAGUGGGUAGACUUCUAGACGUGAACUUAAUGCGCAGCGCUGGCUUGAGCGAAGAAGAUAUACAAGAUGAGAUCGAGAAGGAACACAAGCGCUCGUUCGGCUCUCCGUACGACAUCGACAGACAAAUACUGAGCAGUCAGAAGGUUUACGACGACAACUACAAGAUGCCGAGCGAGAACGUGUACGUGGUCAUGUCACCCGACGGUGAGGCCACUCGCUCGAAGCGUGAUGUGUUAAAUUUCUACCAAGAACCCAGUUACCAAGGCGUGCGCCUCAGGAGAGUGAAGCGGAAACAUGUGGUCAAGCGAUCUCUGAAUGAGGACUUGCCUGAUGACUUGCAGCAUUUGGACGGAGCGUCGAGCUCGUCGUCGCUGACGUCCGCCGCCAUGGACCUGGUGAAGCAGACUGACUGGAGAGACUCCCAGUGCGCCAAGUUCACGUUCUGCAAGGUGCUCACGUCGCAGCCUUCGGACUCACUGUUCGCGAUGGAAAAGAAGAUGGAGUCGCUAUUAAAGCUCAUCUCCCGAGGCGACGGCACCAGCGCGGCGGUGGUGGCGCACCAGCUCGGCGACGUGAUGCAGGCGAGCAGGGACCACGACUGCCACCGCUUCCGAUGUGACCUGCACUAGGAGCCUCCUGACUCCUGUAGGAACCACGGAGCCCUACCAAUGACCAAGAGAAUGCUUAGAGAGAACUAUUAGUUCCUUACGAUGACCAGUUUAUAAACUUUGAUUUGUCUAGUGUGUGAUUUGUGAUACAACAUCUAUUUUGGAAGUUACAUGGGAGAUUUUGUUCUCCCUUAUUGGAUGGACAUUUUUCUGGAGAGGUGUGAUGAUAAUCCAACUUUUAUUAUCCUCAAGGGAAACUAGAAAAGCAUUACAAGUGCAAGAUGACAGAUAUUGGAGAUACCAACUUUGUUUAUUACGGUAAUUGAAUGAAAAAUGUUUCAAUAAUCUGUUUAUCGGUUACUGUUGAGCGACAAAAAUUGUCAAGAAAAUGUAAUAAGAUGAUAUACUUAUUGUCUGAAAGAAACAUCGCAGAUAUUUGCAGUUUAUAAGCAAUAUAGGAGUCGGUACAAUGAUUGUAAAGCAAUAUGAACCGUGUAUAGAGUACACAAGGUUCAGAGUCCGUACUAUACAUAUACGUGAUAGGCUUACAUUAAGAUUUACGUGUAUCAUAUUUUCUAAUAGUUGUCAUAUUUAAAUAUAAGAUGAACUUCAAAAUUGGUACAUAGAUCUUCUAGCGGACACGCAGCGUGUCACCGUGCAGUGAAUGAGAAUAUUUAUUUGUAAUUUAUUGUUUAGUUGUAAUUAGUCAUAAUAACAAGUUGAUUAGGGUCCACGGGUGACUGUCACUGUUUAUUUGUUCAGAAACUGUGCGACGCGACACGAGUCGUGCAUGUGUACAUAAAUAAACCACGUGACGUUUAUUGUAAAUAGAGCUCACUGUACCGACGCGACUGGUGAUCGCAUGCCCGAUUAUACAAUCGCUCGGUGAGUGGCAAGCUUUACGAAUGACUAUACGCCAUCAGCCAUAUAACGAGUCGUUCCUACAUCUCUGUACUAACAACUACAUAUGUAUAACUGUAUGUAUACACACGCACACGUACAUACAUCACCUGGCGACUACACACAACCAACGUAUUUAUUGUUACCAAAUAAUUCAUUUUGUCAAACGGCAAUUGUCUCGUAAAUUAUUAUUUAUUUUAGAUAAAUUAUUUAAAACUUAUUUAAUCGACUUUAAAUUAUUACAAUCGACGCUGAGAAUUACAACGCACUACACUAUUGAGCAAUUUAUUUUAAUAUUUGUUUUGCACAAGUUUCGUAGAGAGAGUUCAAAGUAUUUGUCCAGGAGCUUUAGUAUAAGUUUGCUUUACGUUCAAAGAGAAUCGAAAUGAAAGCGCGUUCGGCACCCUGAUUGGUUGCUUCAUUCGAGCUGGCCAAUCGGAGCGCCAAACGCGCUCUGGUUUCGAUUACUUUAAACGAAAAACAAACUCGUACUAAGGGUAGAAAACAUGGUCAAUAUGAAUUAUUUUCACCGUCGAUAUUAUGUUACGUUACAUGUAUGAACCAUUGUCUAACCACGCAUUACAUUACAUUCGAAGUAACUUUGUUAAGAUUUUAUUUAUUAGAUGGCGCUUUAAGUUGUACAUAAUGCUUUUACAAACAAUAUAAAUUAUUUAUUUAUUUUUCUACGAAUAAAAUAAAAAACAUUAAAUUAA